AUGAACAAAUCGUUGUUGUUCUUCGUCUUUUUAUGCUUGCUUAUUCAAAUAAGCAAAUUAGGUUUCUGCCUAGAAAGAAAAGCUCAUAAUGGUAACAAUGGACUGAAACGCCAUGGAUUCAUAAGUGUCACUAGCUUCGGAGCUGUUGGCGAUGGGAAGGCUGAUGAUACUAAGGCAUUUCUUAAGGCAUGGAAAGCUGCAUGUAAGGGAGGAAUUAGAGGGAAGACAAAUUUUCUAGUGCCUCUAGGAAAAACCUUCAUGCUUAAGCCUCUUACAUUCGAAGGUCCCUGCAAGUCUUCCCCCAUCACCUUUUUGAUAGGAGGCAAUCUUGUUGCGCCGGGUUACACUUGGCAUGCGGGAAAUUACCCUGCGUGGAUAAGUUUUGGCAGUAUUAACGGUCUAGUUGUCACCGGAGGCGGCACCGUCAACGGUCGUGGUUCUGUGUGGUGGAGAAACGUUCAGCAUCGUCCCACCGCAAUGCAUUUCAACAACUGUAAUGGUCUUCACAUCUCUAACCUCCACCACUUGAACAGUCCUCGUAACCACAUAAGUCUAAGCUGCUCAGAGAACAUCAGCCUCUCGGGUCUAAACAUGACUGCGCCUGGUGAUAGUCCUAAUACGGAUGGUAUAGACAUAUCAAACUGUAGAGGAGUCGACCUACGUGACUCUGUUAUUGCCACUGGGGAUGACUGCAUUGCUAUCAACGGAGGUUCCUCUUAUAUCAACAUAACCGGCAUUUUUUGCGGCCCCGGUCAUGGCAUCAGCGUAGGAAGCCUUGGAGAAAAUGGACAUUUUUCAGCCGUUGAAGAAGUGAGAGUAAAGAACUGUACUCUGUCAAACACAAAGAACGGUGUCCGAAUCAAGACAUUCCAGAAUGGAUCAGGAUUCGCUCGGAAAAUCUCAUUCGAGGAUAUCAAAAUGGUGGCUUCAGAGAACCCUAUUAUCAUCGAACAGAACUACCACGACCGAGCCAAGAACGGAGACGUAAGCUUUGAAUACAGUAACUACCAAAGCUGUCGUGUAAAUCGCUUGUACCAGACUCUGUCCGGUUCUGGUAAUGGCAGAGGCGUGAGAGUGAGCGAUGUGCGUUACAGUAGAAUACACGGUUCAUCUGCGAGUAGUGAAGCCAUCACAAUGAACUGCGAUGCGAACUUGGGAUGUGUGGAUAUUGUGAUGGACCAUGUGGAUCUCGUUUCAGCUAAAUCAGGUCACAGGGUGUCUGCUUCUUGCAAGAAUGUUCAUGGGAAGUACUUUGAUUCUGAUAUUAGCUGUCAGAAAAAAGCAUUAGGGAGGUGGUGAUAUUGCCUUUUUCUCAUUGUGUAAUCCAUUAUUUUGAACUUGAAAGAACCAAAAAGAAACUA